AUGGCGCCCUCAUCUUCUUGGCGUGGUAGCUCGGCCAGGAAGGCGGGCGAUUUCGACGAUCAGGCUUGGGGCAUUGAAUCCGACGACGAUGACUUUGUCACCCAGAUCGCACCACGUACCAACGUACCACGCAGCCUGAAGUCGUCCUCUCGCUCUUCGUCAUACUCCUUGACCGGCCAAUCGCAGCAGCAGCCUCAGCAAUCCAGCUCACGAUCCGAUCAACUUCGCAGGCAGCCUUCGACUUCCUCGCAGAGGAGCGACUCUUCCACAUCAGCAGCCGCCGUUGCAGCAACAACCUCGAUAGCGCGCCAAGGCUCACGCAACCGACGCACAAGCUGGACCGUCGUCGAUCAACAACGCGCCUCGCCUGAUCAUCUUGCCUCCGACCUCGCAGAGGCAGUCGCUUCAGGGCUCGCCCUUGAUCGAGGCAAAGACCUCCAUUCUGGAGCAAGCGGAAGCGGCUUCCAACUCGUUGACGAUGAUUCAAAAGCUGCAAGCUCAAGCGAGGCAGAAGAAGUGGACCUCGACACGGGCAAGACGGUUCGCCGGCGGCGUUCAUCGGCACGUAAACCCAAUCCAGGCUCGACCGAGGCAGAUCUACUCCGGCAAUCGUUGCGCAGCGAUCUAGAUCGCUUGGUUCGCGAUCCAGCGCAUGCUCUGACUCGCAUUGCCGCGGAGUGGGCCGCUCCUCCUUCUCGCAACUCCGGUCCAGCCACAGAGGCAGCUCCCGACUCUGCACCGCCUUUGACGACUACGAGCGGCAGAGGCGUAGCGCCUACGCCGACCGCUCAAGAGUUCACAUUCGACCCCAUCGCUGCAGCAGGAGACGGUCUCAUCAUGACCGGGCCCAGUUUUGUCGACACGGCAGCAGCCAGCCGCAGCAUCUCGAAUUCCUCAUCCUACGCCUCGAUUUCAGCAAAAGACGCUGCCGUGGCACUCCAAGACGACACAGACGGAGCGAGCAACGGAGCGGCUGGCAAAGGCGGCGCCACACGAAGACGCAGCGUACGCUCAUCCAGACGCCGACAGCAACUCCUUAGCUGUCUGUCCAAGCAGAGCGUCGACAUUGCUCAGCUUCGCACUCUGGCGUGGGCGGGGGUGCCAGAUGAGCUGCGACCCAUCGUCUGGCAACUUCUCUUGGGCUACUUGCCGGCGGUAGCGUCCGUGCGUGCUUCGACACUCUCUCGCAAGCGCGCCGAAUACGCAGCAGGCGUGGAGCUUGCCUUUGCAAAGGGCAUCGCAGCGCUCGAUCAAGGCAUCUGGCACCAGAUCCACAUUGACGUCCCACGAACUAAUCCAGGCAUCCGUCUCUGGCAGCGCGAAGCAACGCAGCGUGCUCUCGAGAGGAUCUUGUACGUCUGGGCCAUCCGACAUCCCGCCAGUGGCUAUGUCCAAGGCAUCAACGAUCUCGCCACUCCGUUCUUCCAGGUCUUCCUGAGCGCCUACAUCGAGUCGGAUCCCGAAUUGUUUGACGUGGCUCUGCUACCACCAAACGUGCUCGAGGCUAUCGAAGCGGACACCUUCUGGUGUCUCUCCAAGCUGCUCGAUGGCAUCCAGGACAACUACAUCUUUGCACAGCCUGGGAUCCAGCGGCAGGUGCGCCGUCUAGGAGAGCUGGUCGCUCGUAUCGAUGCGCCUCUGCACUCACAUCUGCAAGAAGAGGGCGUCGAGUACAUGCAGUUCGCCUUUCGCUGGAUGAACUGCUUGCUGAUGCGCGAGAUGAGCGUACGCAACAUCACACGCAUGUGGGACACCUAUCUGGCGGAAGGACCCGACGCAUUCUACGACUUUCACCUGUACGUCUGCUCGGUCUUCCUGCACAAGUGGACCGAUAAGCUCAAGACGAUGGACUUUCAGGGCAUCAUCAUGUUCCUGCAGUCGCUGCCCACACAGAGCUGGUCCGACAAGGACGCAGAGAUGCUGCUUAGCGAAGCAUUCAUGUACAAGACGCUCUUUGGCAACACGGCGCACCUGAACAAGUAG